GCGGUGCGGGAUAAAUCCCGUGGCACCGUUUCCUUUCAUCUUCUCCUCGGAUCGAGUUUUCGAUUCGUGGAUUAAGGCGCGGAUCCAUGGCGGUUCAGGUCGCAGGCACCUCCCUGCAGUGGUCGCAGCUGCUGCCUGCAUCCCCGGCUCCCUCCGCCAAGCGAAUGGUCUUCUCCUCGCCCUUCCUCGCCGCCGGAACCGGCAAGCUCUCUCGAGCGGAGCUUCCGAGAAGACGACGGAAGGAGGAGCAAGCCCUGCGGUGCGCCUGCAGCGCGAGGGCCCAGCACUUCGAAGACGACGAGGAGCUCGAUCGGAGGAUCGAGGAAUUGGCGUUCGACCUCCAGCGGCGGAUGGGAGACGGCUCGUCGGCUACCUCGUCGUCCUUUUUUAGCCCCGAUUCGGAGCGUUCUUCUGUGUCCUCGAAGCCGGACUGGCUCCCCCUCCGGCUGGAUCCGCCGGACUGGUCCGGACAGAUGGUGCCGACGAGCGUGGAGAUGAACGCCAAGAGCGUGGAUCUGCCGCUGUCGCUGCGGAUCAUCAAGCGGCGGAAGCGGUGGGAGGAAGGGUGGCUCCGGGAGGCGGGCGAGAUGGCGUGCUGCUCCGUGAAGCGGGCCUUCUCGUCGAUGGUGUUUAUGAUCCGCGAGCUGCAUAGCUACACGCUCCGGUUGCGGGGCGACCUCUUCCGCGAGGACCUCCGGGAGAUCCUCGCGCGCGUGCACCUCGAAAUGAAUUCCUCCUUCGUCUGGCUCUUCCAGCACAUCUUCUCCGGCACGCCGACCCUCAUGGUCUCCCUCAUGCUCCUCCUCGCCAAUUUCACCGCCUACUCCAUGAGCCACCUCGACGCCGCCGCCGCCAUGGCGACGCCCAAUCCGCUGGUCGCGGUGGAGAGUCAUCGACAGAGCCAACCCGACCGCUCCGUCAUCAUCAAGUCGUCCUCAUCUACUGGGCGAACUGCUUCCGUCGGAGGCAGCGGCGCGGGCGGAGGGAAGACGAAGCCGGUGGCCGGCGCCACGGGCGACGAGCGGUCGGGUGAUGGAUCUUCCAUCUCACGGGCUCCGAGCACCGGAAACAGAAAAGGGGAAACCAGGGCCGCGGCAGAGGAGGAAGCGAGGGUUUGGAAAGCGAUCCUCGAGGAGGCAUCGAGGUUGCAAGCGGCCACAAGAGACGCGGCGCUCAUGGAUCGCGACACACUCUGGCAGCUCGUGUCGCCGGUGACGGCCGAGCUAGCACCCGACGUCGAGUACCCGGAGUACCUCCUCACCGAGAUCAUGUACCAAGAGACCCUCGUUCGGGAGCCGGAGAACCCGCUUCUCCUGGCCAACUUCGCUCAGUUCCUCUUCCUCGUCCUCCGCGACCUCAACAGGGCGGAACACUACUUCAAGAGGGCGGCGGCGUCGAAGCCGGCGGACGCCGACGCGCUGAGCCGAUACGCGAACUUCCUUUGGCUGGCAAAGAAGGACCUGGAGGCCGCGGAGGAGACCUACUUGGAAGCCAUCUCCGCUGAUCCGAGCAACACCUUCCACGCCGCCAACUACGCCCACUUCUUGUGGAACACCGGCGGCGAGGACACUUGCUUUCCCCUCGACGACGACGACGAUAGCGAGGCCCACUAGUCACCACCUCCAGCGGCAGCCAAAUCUCCGGCGAACCAAAAAAAAUCUUGGCCUGCUUCACGAGAUCUGCCAUCUCGAUGAGUAGAACAAUAAAAUUUCGCAAAUUGCGCUUCUGAAUACGAUCACCUCUACUGUUCAUCGUUUUUUUUUAAAAAAAAAAACUCUGUUCUUGGGAUCAGAAGCUUCGUUAUC